GGAGGUGGCUGGAGGAUGCUGUGGAUGUGGCAGAAACCUCGAGUGGUGUCAGGUGCCUAGAGUGGGGACGGUGCUUGGAGGAGACGUGUCACCUGGAGCAGGCUGCCUAACAGGAUCGAGGAGCCAUGAACUGGGGUUGGUUUGAGGGGCUGCUCCGUGCUGUCAAUGUCUACUCCACAGCCUUCGGCCGCAUCUGGCUCUCCCUGGUCUUCAUCUUCCGCCUGCUGGUUUACGUGGUGGCAGCCGAGAAGGUCUGGAGCGAUGACCACAAGGACUUUGACUGCAACACACGGCAGCCGGGCUGCACCAACGUGUGCUAUGACCACUUCUUCCCCGUCUCCCACAUCCGCCUCUGGGCCCUGCAGCUCAUCCUGGUGACCUGCCCGUCCCUCCUGGUGCUCAUGCACGUGGCCUACAGGGAGGCCAAGGAGGAGAGGCUCCGUGAGAUCCAAGGGGACAAUUAUCGCCGCAUCUACCCCAACCCCGGCAAGAAGCGGGGCGGGCUCUGGUGGACGUAUCUGCUCAGCCUCCUCUUCAAGGCCUGCGUGGAUCUGGUUUUCCUCUACGUCUUCUUCCACCUCUACAGGAACUACACCCUGCCGCGGGUGGUGAAGUGCAAGCUGCAGCCCUGCCCCAACAUCGUGGACUGCUUCAUCUCCCGGCCCACCGAGAAGAACAUCUUCACCGUCUUCAUGGUGGUCACCACCUGUGUCUGCGUGGUGCUGAACCUCAUCGAGGCCACCUACUUGAUUGGGAAGCGGUGCCAUGAGUGCACGGAGAUCGAAGGAGGGGACAGCAGGAGGAACAGCCAUGACUACCCCAUGUCCGGUGCCAACCCCGUGGGCACGGGCGGGCAGGUGUUCCAUGGGGCUGACUACAAACCCCCCACGGCCACCACCCCGCUCACAGCCUCCUGUCCCAGCACGCUGCCCAAGGAUGAGGCUGGUUCCUAGAGCUGCCCAGGAGAAAGCAGGAGCUGCUCACCUGGCCUGCAACUUCCUGGCUGCUCUUCUUCCUCUGUGCUCCAGGGUAGGAGCCCUGAGGGUGGCAGCACCCUGGAGUUGGGCUGUGCCCGAGGGGUCUCUGCCUCUCCUGUCCUGGGAAAGGCAUUUACAUCAUCCUGCUGAAUUUGGGGUAAAGCUGGGGCUGUAAAACACAUUCUGUCCAAGGCAGUGACAGGCAGCUGUGAACUGACAGUGGUGCCCACACUCUGAGCCUGUACCAGCCAGGACAGACACCCUGAUACCUCAGGAAACCCCUCUCCCUAUCUCUCACCCCACAUCAGCCACUCAGUGGGUGUCAGGGCCACCUCAGACUGAUGCAAUUGCCAUUAAUAACACUCAUUAGUUGAGUGGGGACAAGAGCAGGUCCCGGGUACUGCAGCCACCUCAGGCGUGAGGAUCCAGCCAGGCAGGAUGGAUCUGUGGGCUGCUGGAUCAUCCUGCCUGGCCAGGGCAAAAUACCUGAGCAAAACAGCCAAACUCAGGAGAGGAAAACACCCCAAGCAUUGAUUAAACAAUGACAUUAAA